UGCCCCGCGGCGGCAGGCGUGGCGGCCCGGUUGCUAGGACUUGGGUAAGCGUGGAGUUCGCGCGGGCGUCCCUCAGGUGGCCCCGUCUGCCUGGGUGCCAGGUCAGCUGAUACAGACAUGGCAGGAAAGGAGAACAACUUCCCCCCACUGCCUCGCUUCUUGCCGCUGAAGCCCUGCUUCUACCAAGACUUCUCCGAUGAGAUCCCCGUGGAGCACCAGGUGCUGGUGAAGAGGAUCUACCGGCUGUGGAUGUUUUACUGUGCCACUCUGGGUGUAAACCUGGUGGCCUGCCUGGCCUGGUGGAUUGCUGGUGGAGCGGGUGCCAAUUUUGGCCUGGCCUUGCUCUGGCUGGUUACCUUCACUCCCUGCAGUUACAUGUGCUGGUUCCGGCCUGCCUACAAGGCCUUCCGAGCCGACAGUUCCUUUAACUUCAUGGCAUUCUUCUUCAUCUUCGGAGCUCAGUUUGUGCUGACCGUCAUUCAGGCCAUCGGCUUCUCGGGCUGGGGCGCGUGUGGUUGGCUGGCAGCCGUUGGAUUCUUUGGGACCAGUGUGGGGGCUGCUGUGGUCAUGCUGGUCCCCGCUAUCAUGUUCUCUUUGUCCGCUGUCAUGAUGGCUGUCGCUAUCGUGAAGGUGCACAGGAUCUACCGUGGGGCUGGUGGAAGCCUCCAAAAGGCACAGACAGAGUGGAGCGCUGGCACCUGGAGGAACCCACCAUCGAGGGAGGCCCAGUUUAACAGUUUCUCUGGGAACAGCCUGCCUGAGUACCCCACUGUCCCCAGCUAUUCUUCCAGUGGAGGCCACUGGCCUUAGGCGGCUGGCUGGCCCCAGCGCCAUGGCUCCGUCUCCUGCCACCACCUUUGGUCCUGAGGCCUGAGCAUCUCCCCAGGGUCCCAGGAGGUCCUUGGCCCAUGUUCAUCUCCUGACUGAGCCCUCAGCAAGCACUGCCCAACAGCCAUUUUCCACUGCCAUCUUCCUGGUGCCUGGCUGGGUUUGCUCUGCUCCACCUGUUAAGAGGGUAGGAACCCCCAGCUUGUGCAAGGAGAGGCCUCCUCAGCCUCCAAGCUCCUCUCCAGUGUGUUGCUGAGAUGGAGAGAGCUAGGCCAGAGCGCUGUGUCCAUAGGUGUGUGAGGAUGGUCAGGAGCAUAGCAGUUGCUGUGUCCACAGGUAUGUGAGCACGGUCAGCAUGGCGGUUGUGCCUGCAGCCUCCGCUCUGCCAUCCACUAUACCCAUGUUCCUCUGGGUCCUGCUACUUCCUUGUCCCCUCCCUCGUGCAGUGACAACCUGCUGUCCCCUCCACUACCCAGGAUCCUCUGCCCACUUGCAGACCCUGAUCCAUUUGGGUGAGGGUGCUCUGGCCCCCAGGAGACCCCUCUCUCUCUGUGGGCAACUGGCAGAGAGGGACAGGCUCUGCUGCACGCAGGUCAUACCCCCAGCCACAGGACUGCCUGGACAGAUGUGUGCCUUAGAGAGACCUGUACUUCCUCCCCACGCCCUCUGCCUUCCCAGGGCAGCUGUGGCCUCACCAGGAGAGCCAAACAGAGUCUUGGAAUGUCCACAGCACCUCUGAUGGCAUUGGACUCAAUAUUCUUCCUCAUGACCUGAUGCUACUAGCGAGGUCACCAAGUCCCUAGGCCUCUCUGCAGGGCCAUGUCCCUCGCAUGCCAGUAUCAUGCCAAACCGGGCAUGGCCUCUACCCCAUCUCAGAGUGGCAUGGGGGUGAAGUCAAGUGCCCGCCAUAGGUGAUACCUGCAGCUCUUCCCUGCCCACCCCUGGGUGUGUGCAUUCACAUGCCAUAGUCAGUUUUGUUAUGUGAGAAUAUUCUAGAAAUAAAUUCUCUUUCUGCA